AUGUAUGCCGGUCGUAGGCUCAACGCGUGCCCCCGGGCGUUGAAGCCAUUCCUUCAGCGUCGCUACGCCAGUCAAGCGUCUUCCGAAGCGCGUCUGAACAAACCUAUCGACUUCAAAAAGACCGCCGUCCUCCACCAAUCACAGAAUAGUGCCAGGACUGCUUACGGCCUCUCCCAAGAUGCACCAGUCGAUUGGGUGAACCUGCACGGUGCCAUCAAUGCCUCUCUCCAUCAUGCUUUGAAGAGUGAUGAGAAUGUACUUCUAUUUGGUGAAGAUGUGGCGUUUGGUGGUGUCUUUCGAUGUUCCAAAGGCUUGUCGGACGAAUUUGGCACGAGUAGAGUGUUCAAUACUCCAUUGUGUGAGCAAGGGAUUGUUGGGUUUGCAAUCGGCUGUGCGGCCGAGGGCAUGAAGCCUGUUGCGGAGAUCCAGUUUGCGGAUUACGUCUACCCGGCAUUUGACCAGCUGGUUAAUGAAGCCGCCAAAUUUCGGUACAGAGAAGGCGCCACGGGGGGCCACUGUGGAGGGCUGGUGGUGCGAAUGCCAUGCGGUAGCGUUGGACAUGGAGCCCUCUACCAUUCUCAAAGUCCAGAAUCACUAUUCACGCAUGUGCCGGGCCUACGGGUUGUCAUGCCUCGAUCGCCCAGUCAAGCAAAGGGACUACUCACUGCUUCCAUUCUCAAUUCCAACGACCCAGUCAUCUUCAUGGAGCCUAAGAUCCUAUACCGCGCCGCCGAGGAAUUCGUCCCCAGAGAUCCAUAUACGCUACCACUAGACAAAGCCGAAGUACUAAAGCAGGGUAAAGAUCUGACAGUUAUCUCUUACGGCCAACCCUUAUACCUUUGCUCCGCUGCAAUCGACGCUUUGGAGAAAGAAAUUAAGGGUCUGAGCAUCGAACUCGUUGAUCUAAGGGCCAUAUAUCCCUGGGAUCGAGCCACCAUCUUGGAAAGUGUGAACAAGACGGGACGAGCAGUUGUAGUGCAUGAGAGCAUGUACAAUGCGGGUGUGGGAGCCGAAGUCGCCGCAAGCAUACAAGAAGGAGCUUUUCUUCGACUGGAGGCCCCGGUAGCCAGGGUUACAGGCUGGUGCACUCACCCAGGACUAAUCUUUGAGAAAUUUAACGUCCCAGACAUUACGAGUAAGUCCAUGCCGCCAUAA